AUGGAAAACAAUACAUCCAAUAAUAGUAACUCUAUCCAGCCGCAACCCCCGCGAAAUGCUAACGACAUUGACCUCGAGAGAAACCUUACGGCAUCCUCAUCUGAAGAAGGAAUCCAUCCUUAUGAAAAAGAUUCCCACGAUGAGGACUUAAAUAUUAAAAAAACCCGUAGCAUUAACCAUUUUGGUGAUCAUGAUAGCAUCCAUUCUGAAAUUGAUGUUGCAUUUGAAGACCCAGAAUAUGAAGAACAACUUUCUAAAAUUGUCACCCACAUUGACCCCAAGCAUCUCGAAGUCAAUGAAAAGGACCCUUGGAAAUAUACUAUUGACGCUGAAACUGGAUACCGCAUUGUAGAAUGGGUUGAAGAUGACCCAGACUGCCCCCUCAACUGGUCAAACUCCAAAAAAUGGUUUCAAACUGCUAAUCUUGGCCUCAUUUGUUUUGUAGUUGCAUUUUCUUCAGCUGUCGUCACUGGUGACAUGGAAGGCCCCAUGGAACGCUUUGGUGUUUCUAUGGAAGUUGUCAUUCUUACCGUCACUCUUCUCGUCCUUGGUUUUGGUGUUGGCCCACUAGUCUUUGCUCCCUUUUCUGAAGAAUGGGGUAGACAAAUCAUUUAUAAUACUACCCUCUUUGUUGCUGUCAUUUUUAUUGUCCCAUGCGCUGUGGCUAAAAACAUUGGUACCCUCCUUGUCUUUCGUCUAUUAGGUGGUAUCACAUUUUCUGCCCCAAUGACCCUCAUUGGAGGUUCUUUAUCAGAUAUGUGGAGAGCUAACGAGCGUGGUAUCGCAAUGGCUAUUUUCUCUGCAAUGCCCUUUUUAGGUCCCGUCACAGGCCCCCUCAUUGGUGGUUACAUUGGCCAAUAUGCAGGAUGGCGCUGGAUUUACUAUGUUCUUCUCAUUUUUUCCGGAUGUGUUUAUGCCUAUGUCUUGGUGGCAAUCCCUGAAACUCACCAUGCAACUCUCCUCAAGCGUCGUUGCAAAAAACUCAUUAAAGAAACUGGCGAUGACUCUUAUAGAACCCGCAAAAUGAUGCUCCCCAUGCAGCUCGGAAAGACUAUGGUCAUUGCCCUUAUCCGUCCCUUUCAACUGUUUUGUGAACUUAUUGUGUUUCUCAUGACUAUUUACAUGACUAUUCUUUACUGUCUUUUGUACAUUUUCUUCUUUGCUUACCCAAUUGUCUUUGGAGAAGGCAAGGGUUGGUCAACUGGUAAAACUGGUCUCACUUUUAUUCCAAUUGCUGUUGGAUCCAUUGUUGGUACUGCAAUUGCCCCCUGGAUCAAUAACGACUACAUUCGAAGAGCAAAAGUUUAUACAGACCGUGGUGAAAUGCCUCCCCCAGAAAUCCGUCUCAUUCCUAUGAUGUUUGGAUCUUGGCUCAUGCCCAUUGGUUUGUUUAUCUUUGCCUGGACAAGUUACCCCAGUCUUAUUUGGGUCGGCCCUGUUUUGGCUGGUUUCCCCUGUGGUAUUGGUUUCCUCAUUAUUUAUAAUUCUGCAAACAAUUACAUUGUUGAUUCAUACCAGCAUUUUGCAGCCUCGGCUUUGGCUGCAAAGACCAGUGUUAGAUCUUUUGGUGGUGCUACAGUCAUUCUUGGAACAGUCCAAAUGUAUCACGCCAUGGGUUAUCAAUGGGCUUCUUCCCUGUUGGCAUUUGUGUCGCUUGGAUGCUGCGGCAUUCCAUUUCUCUUUUACUUUUUUGGUGCAAAGAUUCGUGCUAAGAGUAAAUAUGCUUACAAUCCUGAGUAA